AUGUCUCAAGGUACUCUGUAUGUGUGGGCUACUCCCAGAACGAACUCGUGCGAGGCGAUUGUGAAGGCCUACGGGUUGGACGUUGAGAUCGUUGACGUGAAGGCUGCUACGGUGCCCGAGUUUGUCGAGAAGUUCCCCCUUGGUGAGGUUCCAGCAUUUUUGGGGCCCCGCGGUGUUAAGUUGACCGAGACUUCCGCUAUCUUAACUUACUUGAUCGAGUUGCUACCAGAGAGAGACCAGAAGGUUCUGUUCGGGGUUACUCCUAUGGAGAAGAUCGAGGUGUUGCAAUGGUUCUCCCGUUCGAACACCAACUUGUGGGUGUCCAUGGCCAAGGUGUACCUAUCGUGCGUUGGCGCAUGGGUGUACGAGGAGACCAGUGUGAAGGGUGCUUCACAACGGAUUGAAAGAUUCGCUAAAGUGUUCGAGGAAAGAUUGACUGACCACACUUUCUUGGUCACUGAAAAUGUCACCAUUGCUGACGUGCACGCUCUGGGCACUUGGGCCUUCGCCUUAGGGUUCGGGGUUGUCGACUUGAAGUUCCGCGACCGGUACCCUGCGUUGACCAGAUGGUUCAACACCGUGCGCGAGUCGCCAGUCUGCAAGGAGCAGUACAAGGCGUUCCAGUUCGCUAAGGAGCAAGUUAAGUUUACUCCUCCACCAAAGGCCAAGGGUGAAAAGCAGCAACAGGGCAAGAAGGCCAAGGCUAAGAAGGAGGAGACCAAGCCAAAGGCGAAGCCCGCCGCUGAAGAACAGCCUGCCGAGGCCCCAAAGCCUAAGCACCCAUUGGCCUCUUUGCCAAGGGCCACUUUUGUCCUUGACGACUGGAAGAGAAAGUACUCGAACGAGGACACCAGACCCGUCGCCUUGCCAUGGUUCUGGGAACACUUCAACUCAGAGGAGUACUCCAUCUGGAAAGUCGAGUACAAGUACAACGACGAGUUGACUUUGACCUUCAUGUCCAACAACCUUGUUGGUGGGUUCUUCAACAGAUUGUCUGCCUCGACCAAGUACAUGUUCGGUUCUUUGAUCGUCUACGGUGAAAACAACAACAACGGUAUCAUUGGUGCGGUCAUGAUCAGAGGCCAGGACUUCAAGCCUGCCUUCGACGUCGCCCCAGACUGGGAAUCCUACUCCUACACUAAACUGGACCCAACAAAGGACGAGGACAAGGAGUUUGUCAACAACAUGUGGGCCUGGGACAAGCCAGUCGUUGCCAACGGCGAACAAAGAGAGAUCGUCGACGGUAAAGUCUUGAAAUGA